AUGGCUAGUCCAAAUCAGCAUUUCAACAACGACGAAAAAUUUGGCGAAAAACUCCUGGAUAUUCAUCAAGAUUUUUUACCUGCGAACAGAAAUCUCACAAUAAAUGAACAGGCCCGUAUCAAACAACUAAUUAAAAUAGUCAAUAAAAAACUGACAACGGAAUUCCAAAAAUCGGAAACAGCAUACUGGGUUGCCAAAGCAAAAAGCAUAAACCACAAAGAAAAUUCAAAAUUUUUACCAAGAAUUAAUAGAUAUUAUAGAUACAAGGAACCACCAAGGAUUGACAACUUGCUUAUACCCAAAAAUAGCUCGCUACUCUCUAAUGAAAUCAUAAUGGAUACCCAGACCAUCGAAAAAGAUAGAAAGUAUUUCAUCUCACAACCAAUAGCCAAAUUAAAUAUCGUUGGAAAAUAUUUUGAAUCCAUAAACUUGUCCAGGUACUCCAAUCUUGGAACAACAACAAAGAUACUGGUAGACUCAGCGGCUGAAGACAUCAAAAACAGAAUAAGCUACAGAAGACAACACAACCUUACACACACAACUUUUAACAAUAAUAAUCCAGCACAUUACCCUGUACAAAACCAAGAAGAGUUUAAAUUUUUACACUCAUUUAUUGAAGUUGAGCUUCUCCUCAAGAAGGCAAAAAACAAAACAUCUAGUGGGAUAGACAACAUCCCAAUGAUAAAAUGUGUUGGAAGCUAA